GGCGGGUUAAAGUGUGGUUAACUCGUUUGCGCAUGUGUAAAGCCAUCAAUGCUCUGCAAAUAUGGUGCUCUUCGUUAUAAAUAUUGAAUUGAAGAUAUUUACGUUUAUUCACUUAUAAUACAUGAACACCAGAUUCUUCCUGUCUUCUUAAGUAAUGGAAAGUGUACGCUGGGCAUUUAGGUGCGGCAGUUGGUCGCCAAGUUGCUCUGAAUGGCUUUUAGCGGCGCGAUGUGUGCAGCGUGAAGAGAAAGACAGGAUUGGACAGUUUGUCUUUGCCAAGGAUUCCAAGUCAGCUAUGGUAAUAGUACCUAAGGCUGGUCGUUUGCUGAUUAGAAAGUUGAUUACUGAAAAAAUGAACAUACCAUGGAAUGAAAUACAUUUAGAAAGGACUCCUAAAGGAAAACCAGUUCUUGCAAAACCAGUCCUUCACAACAUCUCUCAGAAAUACAACUUUAACAUAUCACACCAAGGGGACUAUGUUGUUCUUGCUGCAGAACCAGGGUUUCAAGUGGGGGUUGAUGUCAUGAAGACAAGCAGGCCAGUGCUUCAUUGGAAACCUGUGCUGUUACAGAAACUGGUGAAGAAACUGACAGAAUGUGUAAACCUUACAAAGACAGUGAUCUGGCUCUGUUCCAUUAGCAGCUUAGCCAGGCAAGGUAGCACUACCACAGUGGACUUUUUUAAGAUCAUGAAGAGACAGUUUACAGAUCAUGAAUGGAAAGUUAUUAAAAGUGCAGGCAGUGAAUUAAAGCAGCUGGACAUGUUUUAUCGACAUUGGACUUUAAAAGAAAGCUUCAUUAAAGCCAUUGGAACAGGUGUGAGCUUUAACCUACAGAGGAUUGAAUUCCAUUUAUCCACAAAACAAAUGAAUGUUGAAGAGGUGAAAAAGGAUACAAAACUGCUUCUGGAUGGUGAACAGGAAGACAAUUGGGUUUUUGAGGAGUGUAUGCUGGAUAGUAACCAUCAUGUUGCAGUUGCACUGGGAAUGCAAGAUAAAGUAAAUCAAGAAUCUUGUUCAGCAUUUUCAGAUCCUAAUCCUGCACGAUUCAUUACAUUGAAUUUCAAUGACCUUGUGACAUCUGCCAUUCCACUCACUGAAGAAGAUUAUGAAUACUGGGAACAUUUUCAAAAAAAGUCUGAAUCUCCCUCACGUCAGCAUACUUUAGUAAGAGAUUAAUGUUUCUGGUUGCAGUGGUUUGUAAGAAUGAAGUGUGCCUAAACUAAAAUGCAUAUUUGUCAUAGAGAGAAUAAAAGAAUAUUUAAUUAUUACAGUCCAAGCAAUAAUGUACAAAUCAUUUAAUCUUUUCACUGGCAUUGCAAGUAUGUUGUUUUUUUCAUCUUGGUAUAAAUUGUAAUAAAUAAAUGUAAAUUUAUAACA